AUGCCAUUACACCACCAUCACCACCAACAACAAAAAAGCCAACAAUCAACAUCAUAUUUAAAUGCUCUACAAUUUGGUUAUCAACAUCCACAACACAAUCAAUUUGAUUAUCAACAACAACAUUUUUAUUUCCAACAACCAUUUUUUGAUCCAAACAAUAUUCCAUUAAAUUGGCAACGAGAAAAUUGGUCGGAAGGUUUCGUAUAUGGGCGACAAAUGCCUUUACAGCCACCACCAUUUUAUUAUCCAAUGGAUAAUUUGACAAUGAAUAAAAGUUCAUCUAUUUUUAAUAGAAAGAACCAAAUUCAAGGUCAUUCAGUAACUCCUCAUACACCACGACGUGGAAUUCUGAAACAAACAGAAAAAUGGAGAACACCAAUGACACGUCGGUUAGUUCAUUUCAUGCCGGAACGUCGGCAAGGACAAGAAACAGCAGCUAAUAAUAUGACUACACAUGAAUAUCGUGGUGUGUCAAUAACGACACCCAUUCAAGUGAAUAAGAAAGGUCAUAAUAGCAAUGUAGUUUCAGGACCAAAACAUUCACGUACAAAGAAAACAUCUGAAAAAGCUCAUCUUGACACACUUCGUAUAAGAGAAAGGGGUCAACGAAAUCGAGCAUUUUUACUUGAACAAAGUAAAGAAUUAGGUCGAUUAAGUGAUAAUCGUUUUAAUCUUCUCUCUGUAACGAAUGAUGAAGAAACUGAUAAAGAUCUUUCAGGGGUUGAUAAUGAAAUAGAAGCCAUGAAAGAUAAUGAACAAAGAAACUUGUCGAAACAAGAAAAACAAAAUGCUGGCACACGUAUGAAUGUAGUCAGUAAGAAGAGACAAAUUAAAACAACAACAGAAGUUCUGAUAAAUAACGAACAUGUUGUAAGUAAGAAAACAAACACGCAAGGAAAUAAUCAGCAUCAAAUAAACGUAUCUAAUCCUGAAAUGGAACAAAAUAAUGUCCAACAAUCAUCAACUACUAAAGAUAAACGAAAAAUUAAAACAUAUUUACAAGGUUUUAAGAUUCUCGCUUAUCUCAAAGAUCGAGUAAAUAAUGAUCAUAAAUUGAAAUUCGAUUUAAAAGAUGCUUUCAAUGAAGUAUGUGCAUAUGCAAAGAAUACUAUUGAAACAUAUGAUAAAUGGGUACAUGAUCAUUAUGAAGGGCAAGUCUGGCAACGAUUCUAUGAUCUAGAUACUGAUGAAGCCAAGUUGUUCAUUUUUUUAAAUAGGGCAACUAAUGCAGGUGAUGCGUCAGCACCAACUGCUGGUUCAGGGGCUGGUGGUUCAAGACGUUUGGCUCAACAACAGGCACAAAUCGAUGAAGUUGUGGAUAUAAUGAGACAAAAUAUCGAUAAGGUAUUAGAACGUGAUAAAAAUUUGUCACUUCUCGACGAUCGAGCUGAUAAAUUACAAACUAAUGCAGCUCAAUUUGAAAAACAAGCAGGAAAAUUAAAACGAAAAUUUUGGUUGCAAAAUAUGAAGGUAAAUGUAAAAUAA